AUGUCCAACAAGAACACCUUUUUAAAGGUAGUAUUGCUUGGCGAUGGUGGUGUUGGAAAAUCGUCUCUGAUGAACCGAUUUGUAAGUAACAAAUUCGACAACCAGUCUUAUCACACAAUUGGGGUUGAAUUCUUGAACAAGGAUGUUACGGUGGACGGAGAUUCGUACACGCUUCAAAUUUGGGAUACAGCUGGCCAGGAGAGAUUUAAGAGCUUAAGGACACCCUUUUAUCGUGGAUCAGAUUUGUGUCUAUUAGUUUACGCCGUUGAUGAUGUACAAAGCUUCAAAAACUUAGCCAUGUGGAGGAAGGAGUUUCUUUACUACGCGGACGUUCGCAAGGAAGAUAACUUUCCAUUUAUCCUUUUGGGAAAUAAAGUUGAUGUUAACGACCGAGUUGUGUCACAAGAAGAAGCUCAUAACUUUUGUAAAGAACUCGGUGGAAUUCCUUACUACGAAACAAGCGCAAAAGACUCGACUAAUGUCAACGUUGCGUUCGCGGCUGCUGUUAAAAGACUGAAUGAACUAGAGCAAACCAGGGUGAAAAAUGAUUUUAAUGCGACUGAAGGAGUCAAUUUAUCCAACGUCCGGAAGAGAGAAAGUUCGGGUUGUUGUGAUUAA